AUGUCUUCCCCACCAACUGGUCAGCCCUCACAGGCGAAGGCUGGAGAUGCCAAGCCCGCCAGAAGAUUCGCACAGCUUCCGAUUGGACUCAACCAAUGUGAACCUAUGUAUAGCAUCAAGUUUCAAGGAGAAGACGACGAUCCUGGCGUCUCCCUCUACAAGUUUCUGCGAUUCGGAAAUUGCGGCGGACCUGAGGAAGAGAGCGAAGAGGCGCGUUACUGCGUCGGCCUAAACAAACCACUUGGGCCGGGCAACUCGUAUGGCUAUCUCGUUCACAAGAUGGAGUGGCCGGCAUAUAAACCAGACCGACCUGCGUUGUGCUUCUGCUACGACACUACCACAAGAUACGAGCUAGGCCAUGAGAUCGCCUUGGAUUGGUGCGACUAUCUGGCUAAAGCCAUGCGGUUGCUCGAUCCUGAGGCGUCCGUGGACGGCCGAGACGAACGGAACCCGGUCGUGGGCGGGAUCGAAUUUAAGCAGAUGUACUUGUCGGAAUUCUACGCGAACGACUGGCGCGAGUGGGAGUCCAAGAUAUGGGUGGAGUUGCCUGACGGGAUGGAGAAUUUGGACUUCCUCGUGCGGUAA